CCCGCCCGCAGGCGGGGCGGGCGGAGGAAGUGGCCCGGGGAGGCCGGAAGCGGCGCUGAGGAGGGGCUGGCGGAGCGGGGCGCUGGCCGCUUUGCUUCUUGUCUACUUUUUGGAAGACUUAAUCUGUUUGUCAAGCGGGCUGAUCCUUCUCUGUUGCUUUACUGAUGCUGGGUAGCAAAAACUAGUUGCCGGCUUCCAUUCCCUUUGGGAUGUGUAAUUAAGCAUGCUGCUUCAACACAAGAGAUGAACCUUAAGGCCUUUUCAGCCGCAGAGCGCUCAACCCAACUGCUGCAGUAGAGGAGAUCUGUUCCACCAUGGCUAGAAGAGGGAUUUAACCCUUGCAAAAAGGAUUUAACCCUGCCAGGAAGUGGCAGUUGUCCUGCAUUGGGUCCUCCCAGGUAACUUCAAAUAGGCAUUGCCAAUGGAUGAACUGGUACAUGACUUGGCCUCAGCUUUAGAGCAGACUUCAGAGCAAAACAAACUGGAUGAGCUAUGGGAAGAGAUGGCGCUAAGCCCGCGGCAGCAGCGGCGUCAGCUUCGCAAGAGACGGGGUCGUAAACGACGCUCAGACUUCACACAUCAGGCAGAACAUGCCUGCUGCUAUAGCGAGGCCUCAGAGUCGAGCUUGGACGAAGCUGUCAAGGAUUGCCGUGAGGUGCUGACAGCUAAUUUCAGUGACUCUGAUGACAUGGCAGUGGUCAAACGACAUCCAGCUCUUAGUGCCACCCUGAGGAGCAAGCAACACUUGUGGCAUGAGUCAGACUCCUUUACAGAGAAUGCACCCUGCCGACCUCUCAGGCGCCGACGGAAAGUCAAACGUGUCACAUCAGAGGUGGCUGCCAGUCUCCAGCAAAAGCUCAGGGUGUCAGAGUGGAACUAUGAGAGGGGCUGCAGGUUCAAGUCAGCCAAGAAACAGCGUCUUUCACGCUGGAAAGAGAAUGCCCCUUGGACAUCAUCCAGUCAUGGCCUUUGUGAGUCAGGAGAGAACAGGCCCUUCCUCAGCAACGGGGGCAGGAAGGAGCGGAUGGAGUGUGAAGCCGAUGAUCAGAAGCAGGGUUCAGAUGAAAACAUGUCGGAAUGUGACACCAGCAGUGUUUGCAGCAGCAGUGAUACUGGCCUGUUUACAAAUGAUGAAGGCCGCCAAGGAGAUGAUGAGCAAAGUGAUUGGUUUUAUGAAGGAGAGUGUGUUCCAGGAUUCACUGUCCCCAACCUUCUUCCCAAGUGGGGAGCUGAUCACCGAUCUGAAGUGGAGAGGAUUGACUCAGGCCUGGACAAGCUCUCUGUUUCCACCUUCCUUUUGCCCUCACAGCCAGCUCAGAGAGGAUUUCAUGCUCGCCUGAAUCGCCUUCCAGGAGCUGCUGCCCGUUGUCUCCGUAAAGGUCGGAGGAGGCUGGUUGGCAAGGAGACCUCCAUGAGCACUCUGGGCACCGAGAGGCUAGGUCAUAUUGUUAGUGAUCCGCGCCAGAAAGAUUUUUGGUUACCAUCCAUGGGGAAGAGAGAUCGCAACCAGUUCAAUCCAUUAUCUCCUCUGUACUCUCUGGAUGUGCUUGCUGAUGCUUCCCACCGAAGAUGCUCACCAGCACACUGCACUGCCAGGCAAGCAAAUGUCCACCUGGGACCACCAUGUUCAAGGGACAUCAAGAGGAAACGAAAGCCAGCUGCAGCCUCCAUGUCUAGCCCAACAUCAGCAACUUUAUCUGUCCACAUGGAUGCAGCAGAAUCAGAGCUACCAGCAACACCAUCCUUGAGAUCCCAGAACUCUGAGUGGACUGGGAAAACACCAGCAGCUGAGAAAUCUACUAUUGCUGCCUCCAGUAACUUUUUUAAAAUGCCACCAGAGAAGAGCCCUGGAUACAGCUAAAAGGAAGCAUUGCAACUGUAAAGGCUUGCUCGAUUUUGGAAGUGUUUGAUCCUGGUGUUUGUCUGCACCAAACAUCUUGUUUGGCAGUAGUGAUAUCUUCAGUAUUGGUGCGUGAUGCGUGCCAUCAUCCAGGCUGGUCUGUGUGCCUCACACACCUAAAUCAUGUUUGUGAAUCUAUGUUUAAGAAAAGGUAAUCAGUGUUGGGACUGCAGUGGCUUUUAGAAGUUUUCCUGCUAUCACUGUAUUUAUUAUGAAUUCAUCUCUUUCCCUGAUUCCAGCUCAUAUGUAAUGGGUCAUGUACAGGUUUUCUUUUGGGUUUUCAGAUCUUUAUUCACCCCCCGGACAUGUUGCUUGUUUGUGUAUUUGGCAUUUUCAGGAUGAAAGUUCCUCUGCCAUUCAGGGAGGUAGGAGUCUCCCUCUGCUUGCUUCAAGACCAGAAGGAUUUCUUGGCUGGGGAAUGAGGAGGGAAUACUAAUACGUUGAAACAUGGAACCUGAAUCCUAUAUUAGCAGAAUGUUUUAGGCCACAUGCUAACAGACUCAAAUCACAUUGCUUCUGGCAAAGCAAAUAUGGUGCUUGUCUAUGUAGAAAUUGCCAUUAGCUCACUGGCAGCAUUGUCCAUUCGACCUUUUCCUUCUCCCUUGUUCUGAAUGUCUUCAGUCUUUAUUGUGUAUUGCAUGUUCAUUCCUAAACCUCCUACUGGAUGAGGAUUUGGGAGGACUACUUGGACAUAAAUGUGCAAGCUGGUGUCCUGGAUAGAAACCUGGAGCCUUGAAUAUUGUUGCAGUAUGGUAGAAGAGUAUACAAAACAUCCAUAUCUCAGUGUAUAAAUUAAAAAUGUCUGUUAGUGUUUCUAAAGGAUGCUUGUUAAAGUUCACAUGCCAUUUAACAAAAAAAGCCAUUUAAAGUGUCACCUGAGUUCAGAGCAUUAUAGGUAUAGAUCAGACUCCUUCUGUAUCAUGCUUCCUCUUCCUUCAAAAGUAUUGUCUGCUAUACCUACUGGAGGUGUCUCCACCUGCUGAUGAUUGCACAUUACACUGCAGUGUACACUAAAGAGAUUCUCUUCAUAGAACUUGCACUUGGUCUGCUGUUACCUUCUGUGUUGCAGAAUAUAUGGACAGGGAUUUCUUCCCUCUCUGUAAUAACUCUGGAGCUUAUCUUGGACUAUGUUUUCAGAAUAUGUACUUGUAUAGCAUGUACCAAGGAACAGGUGGCCUCACAGCUUCUUAAGUCUUAAAGUCCUAUUUGUAUAAAUAGAACUUUUUGCUUUCCUUGUGUGAAGCUUUCAGACAGGACUGUUUAAACUUGUAAAAUCUGUAUUGAUUGUGGCAGUGCAUCUAGCAGUCUUAAGCAGGCAGCAAAAUUUGUGUGAUUUUACUGAUUUUGCAGUGUUCUGUUCUCUUAUGAAUCAAAUGACUGAGGGACAGAUUUGAUUGGGGGAAUAUGAAGCAGUGAUUUAUAUUAGCUGUGUAUUAAAAUGGGAAAUGGUCAUAAUAUACACAAAACAAACUGUAUUACUUGCUAAAUCAUGAUUGACAGAUAUAGUUAGUUAUACUACAUGCACACUGUGUCUGAUCCCCUAAUACCUACUAAUUCUUGGGGAGACAUCCAAAUUGGAUUUAUAUUUUGCAGCACAAGCAAAGUGUCAGAUCUGUCACCAUAAAUCUAUAAAUCCUUCUCAAAACUCUUUUUUUUUUCCUUUUUUUUUUUAAUUUAUUUGGGUGGUACAUUUUAGAAGUAAUUAGAACAGGGAAACCCUUUUUACCUUAAUGAAGGAAUACAGAAGUCCGUUUGGAUUACAGGACAAGCUGUAACAGUUUAUAAAGGAAGAAGUGUUCCUGUUUUAAAGUUGUCAUGGCUUUUUCUUAUUUGUAGCUAUUUUGAACAAUUAUGCCUAAGGGGUAACACAGGAAGUUUCAGCACUGGAGGGCCUGUAAUCUCAAACAUCUGAAGAGAAGGCAAACCUGAAGAGUACUAGCUUGACUGUCUAGUACUCAUUAAUACAGUGAAUGGGAAAGGUGAUAAUGUUCUCCUGACAACUUGGAGACAAAAUUUAGGGUUUGAAGCCUUGUAAUCUAAACUACAUGCUGCUCUAAUGAUAAUGAGUAGUUCCCUAAAAGAGCAUUUGUGAAAUUGACUGGUUUUGAUCUUGUGGGGUAUCCUCCACAGCUUCUCUUAGUUUGAAUGUGUUUAACAGACUUACUCAGAUUACUGACCAUUUAGCUUUAUGGAAUAAAUACAAUUUAUUUUAUUUACAUACAAUUUUAGCCAUUGUAUCCCCUUUUAAAAUUUGUGAUUUAUCUUGCUACAUUCUGAGUAUUCUGAGUAUUGUCCAAAUAGUUUUUUCUCUUCCAUGAUGUCAGGAUGCUUUAAAAGCUUUUUCAAGAAAGAUGUUAGGGAAUCAAGAGCCUUCAUCUCAUUGUGGUGGUGGAGGGGUGGGUUGCAAUGCUUCAUGUGAUUUUUCUCUGGGUACAGGGAAAGAGGAUUUGUCAUAGUUUCCUAUUGAGGUCAGUAGCACUGUUAUCUGGUUGAGCCCUUACUUAGGUUGUAAGCUCCUAGGGGGUAUUUCUUGCCUUUAAAGGCAGAUUGUACCCGUGCCAGUACUGAAGAGCACCUGUGGCAGUGUCUUGACAGGCCAUACUUCCUGCCAAGGCAACUUUCUGGAAGUUCCAGGAGACUCCAAUUAUUGCAGCUGCCUUGUCUUUUCUAUUUCUAGGUUAAAAUUCAUUUACAAAUCAGUCAGAUUCUCAACCAAAUUUGAUUCUCCUGAGUGGUAGGCAACCUAAAUGGAUCAUGUAUCUUGUUACUCCAGGGUAUUUAUCAAAAUAUAUCUUCAGACUUCAGGAACUUGGUACAGAUUUUAGUAUCUACAGCAUUCUUAGAUUAAUAAGUCCAUUGUUUUGCCUCUUUUUUCAUCAAAGGCAGAUUUCUUAGAACUCACUCUGCUCACACAGUGCUCAGUGUGAAGGAUACUGCUUCCCAUGUGGAUUACUUAAGUAGAAAGGAGUGAUAACAUGCCUUGAUUUAGUAGCUGUGCUUCUGCGAAGAUGGUCCGGUAUGUGAUUAUUGCUAUAAAGAUAUGCAGCUCGCUCAUAUUCCUCUUUUUGUCCACCAGGACUCCCCAGUCUUUUUUUCAGUUUUGUCUUCUCUCUAGUUGUAUUUCUCCUUGUCCUUAUGGGACACUUCAACAGACACUUCUGUUCGCAGACAGAACCUGGGAAUACCAUACUACUGUGACAAUUAAGUCUGGGAAAUUCCUGAAGUAUGUUGAAGAUAAUUUGUAGUCAGAAGUAUUCAGCCCACUAGGAAAGAUCCCCUCCUAAACCUGUUAUUUAUUGAUAAAGAAGGACUUUUGAGAGAUAUGAUGGUAGGUGGCUGCCUUUGCCACAGGAUCAUGAAAUGGGUAAUUUUAAAAUUUUUGAGGCAAUGAGGUCAGCAGGGUUGCUACCCUGAAUUUUAACAGAGCUAACUUCAGGUGACUCAGUGAGCUAGUUACUAGUGUGCUGUUCCUUGAGGCUGGUCCGUUUUUAGGAAUCAUCUUUUAAAAGCACAAGAGCAGGUGAUCUCUCUGUGCUGAAAGUCAGAUAAGCCAUGCAGAAGACCAUCUUAACAGGGAACUCCUCUUGAAUCUCAGGAAGAUAAAGAGAUUCUAUGAUCUCUGGAAGCAAGGUCAAGCUUCACAGAAAAAUUACAGAGCUGUAGUUCACAUAUGCAGGGAGAAAAUAUGAAAGACCAAACCUUAAUUAGAGUUGAAACUGGCCAGAACUGUUGUGUUAGACAGGCAAGGCUUUUUGAAAUACAUAAAUAGCAAGAGGCGGUCUAAGGAAAACAUUGGACUGGUGUUUGUUGUAGAUAAUCACCUGACAAAUUGGAGUGAAGAAAAAGUGGAGACAUUAAGUACUUUUUUUUGCCUUGGUCUCACUAUAAUACUGACAGACUUUGGGCUGCUCUGUCUUCUGAUUUGGAGGACCGUUACUGUGGGAAUUGUGACUUCGUUUGUGUACAUGGAGAUUGUAAAGGACCAGUUGAAUGUUUGUAAGUCUAUGAGGCCAGGUGGGAUUCAUCCCAGAGUACUGAAGGAGCUAGUGGUUGUUGUAGCAUGACCUCUCUCAGUCCCUGCCGAAGGUUUUGGGAGUCUGGGAAAGGUCUAUGCUGACUAAAAUCUACUCAGCAUUAUUCAAGUUUACUAGAAGAGCAUGAAGUGAGACCCAAGAAACACUGACCUGCUAGUCUAGCCCCAGUACCUGGAAAAAUUGUAGAGGAGAUCAUACUGGGUGCUACUGAAAGGCAUUUAAAGUCCUUUAAAUCACAGAAUUAUAGAAUAUCCUGAGUUGGAAGGGAUCCACAGGAAUCAUCAAGUCCAACCAAACAGGUCCAGUGGGUGCUAUGGUGGUUGAUGGUGAAGGUGAUGAGACAUACCCCUUCUUGUCUUUGGGGACCUCAUGCAAUUGCAACAGUUUUUCAUAGAUGGCAGUGACCAAUCUCAAAAUGACAUACUUCUGUAUAUAGGGAGAAGAUGGACAUUCAGUGAAAGAGAAAUCUAAAGCUGAGAGAACCAUGUUUCCUAGUUGUUCUUUGCACAUUCCCAGUGGUUCCAGUGAGCUCUAGUCAGGAUUAAUGCCCAGUUUGGUAAGUACUGGAGAAGACUGAAUUAAAAGAAUGUAGUUUCUGUCGUGAUGGAUUUAUGAUUUUAAGGUACAGUAACAAGUGGAGAAAGCAGCAAAACAGGAGCUGGAGAGAAACUUGUUAGAGGCUGGGACUAGUGCUACUGAAUGAUAGAUUAGCUAUGUGAUUGUGGUAUGCAGAGGUGUGUCUUGCCAGCAUCAUUCUUGAAUAAUGACAUUGAGUAGGUUAGUGUUGUCCUUCAAACUGUAGAUGCUCUUGCUGUGAUUUUGUGGAUGUUGCAGCGAUCUGCUUAGUGGGCAGAGGAUGAGAAGGGAAAUUGUAGGAAGGGCAACAAGAAGCAUGAUGGAGUGCCUCUUUUAUUGUAACCCCUUCAGUACUGAAGAAGGAAGAUGCUACAAAAACCCGUAUGUGUGCCUAGAUAUUGAAAAGAAAUUAUGUGAAGUUGAUAAGAACUUUGCUUUAUUGUCUUGAGGAACAGGUUGUAACCAGAGAAUUUUUCAGUAAAGCAAAAGUGAAGGAUGCUCAGAUUUGUUCAGAAGAUGUAUUUUAAUGGUCUGUUGGGAGACUAUCAAAGGAAGACGAACUUAUGUUCUCAUUGUGAUACUUCAUUUCUCUGUCUUUGUUUCCUGUAUUCUGUUCCAGUUUGUGUUUUGUGAUUGCAACAUUCUUUUGUACCAUCAAAUGCAGGAAAAAUACUUUACAGUAAUGCUUCUUAAGGCAUGAAGCAUAAGGGGACACUUGCUGUACAGGAGGUAAAAGAUUAUCUUAGGCCAUUAACUUCACCCAGUACAAGGCUUGAACUCAGCACAGAGGACAUAAUGGCUUAAUUAUACCAAAGCAUCUCUUUUUAAGAGAGUGAAUAGUGCCACACGCAAGUUCGGGGCAACUAAACUGGCAGCAGUGCCUGGAGACCCACGUGUGGCUGGGCCUCAGUCACAUGACAUCUAAUACAGAUUUAUUUACACUUUAGAGACAGAAGGAACUUUCAACAUCGUUCUCAACUUUAAUGUGGUGAGAAUGCCUUCCCAUUCAAACAUGGCUGUCACUGUGAGUCCAGCGAGCUGAAAAGAUGUGCUCGCUGGCAUGCUAUGUGAAGAGAGUUCUUGUACCAACCUAAAGAAUUGGUAAAACUGGAAAAUGGACUGGUACAACCUGUUAUAUCAGAGAAAGAUGCAAAAUAUAUAUACUUACAGACAAUAAUCAAGAAGAGUAUUGCUGAGCCCUGUGUGUUAUGAGCUAGAGUAUUCAAUGUCCUAAAGCAGAGAUGCCAAUAUUAUGAGGAUGAUCAGGGUUUUGCAAAGCUGCCGUCUUGUCCUUGUAAACUCUGAAGGAAACGGGAUGAACAGCAUGAAAAAUGCUGUACUGUGUCAGACCAAAGGUCUGCUUGUCUUGGGAGUCUGUCUCUCACAGUGACCUGGUUUGCCUACCUGGGGGGUACUGUAAAGAUAAAGCAGUAAUAUAGUGAUACUUUUUUUUAGUGUUCUCUUGGCCCAGUGUCCUGUCUCAAAAAGAUGUACAAACUUUCUUUGAGGCUGGAGAAAACAUUUUUAAAAUAUUGGUUAUAGUAUUUAUCCUGCAAUGGGAUUUAAAUAUAUUUUUACAAGGACACAUCCUGAUGAUGAAAACAUCAAGUAAGGAUUAGCAUAUCUUUGUUUUGUAAUCAGUUUUCUUAUUAAUUACUGUCUUUAUAAGUAAAUAGCAUCUUCUCUUGGAAUAUUUUUUCCUAAUAUCAACAUCCUGACAUUGUUUCUUACCAUGCUUUUUUUCAGCAAGGGUGAAGUCUUGCUCUUUCUUUACAAUGAGGCUUUUUUUGAUACAUAUUUGUAUGCCCAGUCAACAAGUCCUAUGUAAUCCAUUAACCCAUAUAAAUCAUUUUUCAUAAGCUUCAUACUGUAAAACUUGUCAUUUAACCUUUAACUGUGCUCCUGCAUGAAAAUCCCCAGUACUCCACAUCCGUAUGCAUUCAGUUCUAGUGUCUAUACUCAAAGUAUUCUUCAGAGCUACAGAGUAACUCUUAAGAGUCACUUAUGGUACUUCUCAUAGAGUGUUCUAAUAUUGCUAUUCAGGCUUCAUAUACUCAUAUAGCCAAAUAUGCUGCUAGUCUUUGCUGCCCAAACGCUGCUGUUACACUACCAUAGGAGGUGGUAUUCAGGCAGUUGAACCUAAAGUUCUUACCACUGCUUUUCAACGUACAAGAUCCUAGAAAGUAAGAAUUAUUUUUUUUAAUUAAAAAAUUUAUUGCAUUUCCUUUAGAAGUAUUAUAGUGCAAUUUUGUACCAAUCGUAUUUAUAGUUUGCAAUUCUUAAGAACUCAGUCUGUUUAGUUUUAUCUGGAAAAGAUCAGAGUGGUAGAAUACCCUUUAUGGCAUUGGAAAUUCUAAGUAAUAAAGUAUAUUUUGUCUUGCAGAUGGGCAUAUAAAUGAACUUGGACCCAAAGCCUAGGCUGCCUAGAUUGGUGCAUGUGAGAUUUCAUUGCUGGAGGCAUUUCUAAGAGGGCCAUGAUCUGAGACUGGUCUGGUCUGACCAGAGUCCUUGGGCACUUCUGAAGUCCUUGAAUUUUCCCUCAGGUUUUGACAACACCAGAUAGUGAACCAAAGCUACCAUCAGUUGCAUUUCAGCUUCCUCCUCCUGUCAAAGAGGGCUCUCGUAAAGAUAGCUCACAAAAAGGUCUACUCAAAGUCUGUGAAGAGCUGCCUUGUGCAUGUCCCAAAUAUUUUAUGAGGUCAUAAGAUUUAGCUGUUUGAUAGGGGUUGAACUCUGGGUUCUUGGGACGCUAUUUUAAGGGUAACAUGUAAAUAAGAAAGAUUCCUGCUUGUAUUCCUCUGUUUUAAAUAAGACAUGUAUUCUGUGAAUGAGGCUCUUGCAGAAUCUCUGUUCUGAUUAUUGAAACUGGAAAUAAAUCAAUAUAUGAAAGAA